UAUCACUGACAGACAUACGACAAUUAUGACAUUUGGAAUUAUAAAAAUGGUACCUAUUUACUAAGAAAUAUAGGUUAUUUUUAAGAAAACUAAACAUAAAUAUAACCAGAAAAGCAUUUAAACAACAAUUAAGCACAUCGCAUAUUCAAAAAAUAUACAAUGAAUGCUAUAAGAGGUUUAUGGCGAUCUGCGCCACUAGUACGAAAUGUAAUACUUAAUAAAAGUACCUUGACCAGGCCUUUUGCCACAGCGACUAUAACUCCUAUAAAGCCCAUAGAAGAUGUACCGAGUGCAAUCGAAUUAGAUAAACUAUACAAGAGAGUAGAGUUGGAGAUGCGGGGUAUUGAUCCUGCUGUACUUUUGAGUUAUUCCUGGUUUUGUAUUGCUGCUGCAUCUCAUUUAGGCAUUGAGGUUACGAAAAGCUGGGCCUUAAGAAAAGCAGAAAAGGAAAGACACACAUUAUUACGAUGUGUCCAUAUUUAUAAAAAGCAUAGAGUGCAAUAUGAAAUUAGGACAUACUUCAGAUUUAUUCAUUUGCAAAGGCUCACUGGAUCUACAUGUGAUACUUUUUUGGAAUACAUUGAACGAAAUCUUCCAGAAGGAUGUGCUCUUAAAGUCACAAAAGUAGAAUGCCAAAAAAUACCUGAUCAUAUAACACCACCUCAAGAAUAAUUAGUGUAUAAGUUGUGUAGUUUAAGAAUAUAGAAUGCGAAUAUAAA